GUCUGGCUGUGUCUGGUGCGGAUGAGGCAUAUUAUGACCUACAAAUAUAUAUAGUAGAAAUUUAUGAGGAAUGCCAAAGUAAUCCCACUGAAAACUAUAGAAAAAAGGGCAAAAAUGGACUGCUGUAUUUGCACUUCAAUGCCUGCUAUACUUAGACCACCAAGAAAUACAAUAUGUGGAUCAUGCUAUGAAGGAGCUAAAACUAUUAUCACAUUGAUGAACAAAUACGACAGCGAUAAAGGAAUUAGCGACGAGAAAUCGAGUGAUUCUUUCGCAAAUUUGUGUAAGGCAAGCUCUAUUUUCAUUGCUUCUUCUACUCUAUUUUUUCCUCAGCCAUUGGCAAGUGUUCCAAAUUGGAUGAAUAGUAUGAAGGAAAGAGAAGAUGAAUUAAAUGAGAAAAUUAAUUUUCUGAGUGGCUUUAUUGCAUUAUUUAGACAAGAAAUGUUUACUGAUAUUCAACUCAUUCCUGGCAAUGGUGGACCUUCUAUUUCUGCUCAUACAGCCUUACUGGCAUCAAGAUCAGAAAUAUUCAAGAACAUGUUGGAUUCAGAUUCAUGCAAAGCCCCAGCAAAUGACACUAUAACACUUUCUGACCUAAACCAUGAAGAACUUGAAACUCUUCUUGAAUUUCUUUAUAGUGGAACCAUACCAAUUGAAAAAUUGAAAAAAAAUGUCUACUCAUUGACAUUAGCAGCUGACAAAUACGAAAUUCCGUUCCUGUUAAAAUUCUGCGAACGAUACAUGCUUCGAUCGCUCGAUAUAUCGAAUGCUCUUGAUGUUCUUGAGAUUUCAGACAUUUGUUCUAACAAUAUAUUAAAGGAGAGUGCAUUGAAUUUUAUUGUCAAGAAUUUGGAGGACAUUGUUUAUUCAGCUAAAUAUGAAGGGUUUGUAUCAAAGAAUCCACAUUUGGCUGUGCAUAUUACAAGGUCUUUUUUGAUGGAUGCUAAAAGUAGAAAAAGGAAUGAGAAUUAUAUUGCUUGAUUUGUAUAAUAUGUUGAGACAAAAGUAAUUAAUAUAUUCACAAUCAUGAUAAAAUUAAUAGAUAUAUAUCAUGAAUACAAUUAUGUC